GACGGGCUGCUGCGGUGCGGGCGACAUGGUCACGAAGCAGAUGUCGGUGCCCAGGUCUGGGACGAAGGGGCUCGAGGUGAGGCGACUUUCGCCUACGACGUCACCGUACUUGGAGAACGUGGAGGGCCGGAUGCUGCGGACGAUCGACGAAAUCGACUGGGACAAGCACCAACACACGUGCAACUACAACGACACUGAAUGGUUCUGCAGGCUGGGGUGGAACAGGAAGCUGGCCGACCAAGGCGUGCUGCAGGAGCUCUCGCCCAUGCAGCCGUGGCGUUACGCCGCGCGGCGGGGGGGGGUGGUGGAGAAGCCGACGGAGAAGAACGUGGGGAGCGUGGCCGUUGCCACUGUGAUGGGGCACUCGUGGGCCGUCACGGACGUCGUGAAGGAGGG